UGGUUAUUCAUUGCAGUGGUCCCAUUUUUGUGAGGAUGAGCUUUGAUUAGAGUAUGACAGUGUAUGCACUCUCCCAUUGGGUAGCUGUCAACUAUCAGCUUCUUAAACACCUUCCAACAAGAAGCUUUACCCACCGUCUUCAACCAUUUCUCGCAUUAAAAAAUGUCUUCUGUAGCUUCUCUGAAUCAAGAGCGCCCGUGUCAACAGAAGGAGUCUCGGCAGUAGCUUGAACAAGUCGACUUCCUUUACGCCCACCACGACCCCGGGUCUGAACAAGAGCAGUCGCACCACCACGACCUCGACAAGCCGAAGGUCUCCCACCACGAGGAGCAGUCACAGCAGUAGGGACACCUCGUCCGCCACGCCCACCACGAGGAGCCGGAGGUCUCGCCCUCCA